AUGGAAUUGACAUCGAUGGACACGCUGGGGCACGCCGAGUCGUACUCGGGCCGCGAACGGCCGACGGCCCAGGCCCUGGCGAGGCGACGACAGAUUAACGAUCGUGCAGUGAUUGAGAACCCGCUUGCCCACUACACGGAUGAACAGCUUGAAGCAGACGUAAAGUCGUUCGCUGAACGGCUGACGGUCGACACGACUGCCUUGCUUCGGGCUGCUCGCGUGGCAAAGGAUAUCAAAUUGUACGAUGAAGUCGCGCGAAACACCUUCCCGGGCGCAGGCAAAGAUCUGCCGGUACAGUUGACGGCGGAGGAGAAGCGUGCGCUGAGGCGGGAGCGUGAUGUUCCUUUCAGCGAGAGGGGCAUGUGGACUAUUAUCAUCACCGUCUCUCUUGCGGCAUUCCUCCAAGGCCAUGUUCAAGCAUCUCUAAACGGCGCAUCUCUAUACGCCAACGAGUUCGGUUUGAACAUGACACAGCCUCUGGAGUCAAACGACGAGAUUGUGAGCGGAAACAGAUUCGACGUCCGGCCAGAUGAUUGGAAGCUAGGGGCUGCCAACUCGUCACCAUUCCUAUUCGCCGCAGUACUCGGCUGUCCGUUGGCACUGCCCGUAAAUCACUAUCUGGGUCGUAAAGGUGGAAUGAUUGUCGCCGCUAUUUUGAUCUUUGCGAGCUCACUGGGUUCUGCAUUUGCUCAUACCUGGCAGGAGCUGUUUGCUAUUCGUCUCGUCAACGGCAUUGGCAUGGGACUGAAGGCAGUCAGUACCCCGAUCCUCGCCAGUGAAACUGCCGUCGGUUUCUGGCGAGGUACGUCCAUCCUCGCCUGGCAGCUGUGGGUGGCAGCAGGCAGCAUGAUCGGGCUCGCAUUCAACCUGAUAUUCGAUGUAUCCGAUAACAAGAGGCUCACGUUUCAACUCAUGGUCGCCGCCCCUCUCGUACCUGCACUCGCACUCCUUCUCCUGGUCAUUUUCUUCUGUGACGAGAGCCCGCGUUACCUGAUGCGCGUGUCGAGUCCCCGCUACAACCCGCAACGGGCAUACCAGAUUCUCAGGAAGUUGAGGAAUACGGAGUUGCAGGCCCUUCGGGACAUCUACCUCGUCCACAAGUCAAUCGAGCAAGAGGAAAUGUCGAGCAAGACCGCCGAGCCGGGCAUGAUCCCUGGAUUUAUCAAGACAAUGGCUGGCUUCUUGCGCCAGUACAAGCAGCUUUUCCUCGAGAGACGCCUGCGCAACGCGCUGAUCAGCAGCUCAACGGUCUCGCUAGCCCAGCAGUUGUGCGGCAUCAACGUAUUGGCCUUCUAUAGCGGAACGCUAUUCAGCCGCGCCGGUCAGGACGACCGGGCUGCCAUGUACUUCAGUCUCGGGUAUGGGGCCGUGAACUUCGUCUUUGGGCUCCCCGCCAUCCGGACGAUCGACACUCUCGGACGCAGGAAAUGGCUCUUGCUCACGCUGCCAAUAAUGGCGCUCUUCAUGCUCCUCGCGGGCGUGGCGUUCAACAUCAAGGAUGACACUGCUCAGAUCGGCGUCGUGGCUCUCUUCCUCCUCCUCUUCGCGGCGGCUUACUCGCCUGGCCUCGGCCCGAUCCCGUUCACCUACGCGUCGGAAAGUUUCCCCCUCUCGCACCGCGAAGCCGGCGCUGCGUUCGCCAUCGCGGUCAACCUCGGCUUUGCGGGCCUGUUGUCCAUCUUCUUUCCGAGCAUCAACUCAGGGCUGGACGAUGACGGCGCGCUUUACCUGUUUGCGGGGCUCAAUAUCGUUGCGUUGGUUCUGGUUUUUCUGCUGUUAGAGGAGACCAAGCGACGAAGCCUUGAGGACUUGGACUUGGUGUUUGCGGUAUCGAAGCACAAAUUCAUGCGCCACCAGGUCGCCGAAUACCUGCCGUGGUUCAUCAAGCAUUACUUCCUCAGGAGGCAUGACAUCAAGCCGAGCUUGUACACCGAUCUGAUAUGGGGCUCUCCUGAGCCGAGUCCUGGGGGAGGGACGUUCGGGGUUGGGCAGAGGUAUAGCAGUGAUACCGACAGGAGCAGUAUUCAUGCUUGA